AGAAUCAUGAGGGUUGGAGCCGCUGCGGUGCUGCUGUGUGUGCUGACACUCCGCUCGACCAGCGCCGUGUUUCUCAGUAAAGAUGAGGCCAGUGCGCUUCUCCAGCGCUUCAGACGCGCAAACUCCGGCUUUCUGGAGGAGAUGAAGGCUGGAAACCUGGAGCGCGAGUGUGUGGAGGAGAUCUGCGACUAUGAGGAGGCGCGCGAGGUGUUCGAGGACGACGACAGGACGAAACAGUUCUGGUUGAGUUACUCCAACAAGGAGCCCUGCUUGACCAACCCGUGCAGGAACAACGGCACCUGCGUCUAUCUGGCCGACAGCUACUACUGCCUGUGCUCUGAGGGCUACGAGGGCAAAUACUGCGAAAAAGGCCUCGAGGAGACGCUGAAGUGUCAGUAUGUGAACGGAGGCUGUGAGCAGUUCUGUGACGGCUCCGGGGCCCGCCGCUCAUGCAGCUGUGCGGAGGGAUACGCUCUGGCGGAUGACGGGACGUCCUGCGUCUCUCAGGUUGAUUAUCCGUGUGGAAAGAUUCCUGUGCAGAAAAACACUUCUCAGAAUCAGUUCCUGGGUGGAAUUCACUGUCCCAGAGGUCACUGUCCAUGGCAGGUGCUGAUCGACUAUAAUGGCGAGAGUGUGUGCGGGGGGGCUCUGCUGGAGGGACCCUGGCUGAUCACUGCGGCCCACUGCGUUCAUCAGAAGGACACCAGGUUCCUCAAGGCCGUCACGGGUGAGCAUGACCUGGAUGUUCUGGACGGUUCAGAGGAGCCGUAUGAAGUGUCUGCUGUCUUCAUACAUCCGAAUUAUGACCCUGAGACUCUGGACAGCGAUCUGGCCCUCCUCCGGCUCCGUGUGCCCGUGCAGAGAUCCUUAUACGCCGUGCCCAUCUGUCUGCCCACCCCGCAGCUGGCACGCAGUGAGCUCUGGGCUGCCCGCUUCCACACGCUCAGCGGAUGGGGCACUCGCACCGCAGGACACAAUCUCCGGCGGGAAAAGGGUCUUAAAGGGCCGGCGUCCGGGACCCUGCAGCGGCUGGCAGUCCCUCUGCUGCCCGCCGCGCAGUGUGGCAACGCUAACACCACUGCUAACAUGUUCUGUGCGGGCUACACCGAGGGCGACCACGCGUCCUGCAGAGGCCAUGACGGCAGCCCUCUGGUCACCCGCUAUGGGGAAACAUCCUUCCUCACCGGUGUGGUGUCCUGGGGCAGAGGCUGCGGGCCGCCCGGAUACUACUGGAUCUACACUAAAGUGGAGAACUUCCUGAUCUGGAUGGACACGGUUAUGAAGACAAACACUGAAGAUAAGAGCGAGCAGAUUGCUAAUGUCUCCACUAAAAAUUGAUGAUUUAGUCCUAAAACAGAUUAAAAUGGCUGUGAUUUCUGUGAUGAGGUUUGCUUUAAGAAGGAAAAUAUGAGUUAUGUGGAAGUAAAGAGCCCUCAAACUCUUUACUUCCACCCUCAUUCUGGAUGGAUAAAUGCAUAUAUAAAUAUAAUUAAUAAACAUAUAAAUCUUAGUAUCAUAUUAUGAAAACAGACACUGAUCAUAAGCGUCUUCCUAAAGGUUAAUUAAUCUUCUGAUGAUGUGGCCAGAAAACAAAGAUUAAAACGGUCAUGUCUGUCUGUCUUUGUGAUUCGGUUUGCUUUGCUCGUGAUGAACGCAUCAGUGCUGAUUUGUAGUGAAAUAAAUCCCUCUGAGUG